AUGUAUCAAGAUUUAUUAAUCUUUAGCACAUUCAUCAAAUUAUUACUUUACCCUGCAUAUCGUUCGACAGAUUUCGAAGUUCAUCGUAAUUGGCUCGCUAUUACUCAUAGUCUUCCGGUAUCUGAAUGGUAUUACGAGAACAGAAGUGAGUGGACACUGGACUAUCCACCAUUUUUCGCCUGGUUCGAAUGGUUCUUAUCACAAUUCGCGUCAUUAUGGGAUAAAAACAUGCUUAAUGUGGAUAAUCUUGAUCACGCAAGUGAUGAGACCAUUUACUUUCAACGUACUACUGUUAUUAUUACCGAAUUAGUUCUAUUCUAUGCAUUGAAAAAAUUCUUGAUGCACUCAGAAAAUAAAAAUAUUGCAUAUAUUCUUGCCGCAUCAAUAUUUUUGAAUCCUGGCCUUCUGAUGGGCAAAGAUCUUUUUUGUGGAAUCGUAUUUGCUAUUUUAUUGAAUUUCAAACACAUAUUUCUAUAUCUUGCCCCUGCCUAUUUCGUCUACUUGUUAAGGCACUAUUGUUUUAAAGAUCCUGGAAGUCAAGAUUUUGGAAAUUUUUCGUAUUCAAAUUUUAUAAUCCUUGGGCUUUCAGUCAUGUCGAUCUUUUCAUUGUCUUUUGGGCCAUUCCUUUAUAUGGGCCAAUUGGGACAAGUGUUUUCUCGUUUAUUUCCCUUCAAAAGAGGUCUUUGUCAUGCAUUCUGGGCUCCAAAUUUUUGGGCAUUAUAUUCUUUUAUGGAUCGUGUUCUAAUUAUUGUUUUUAGGCAGUUAGGAUGGGGAUUAAAUGAUAUAUCAACUUCAUCUGUUACAAGAGGAUUAGUUGGUGAUGUUAGCUUUGCCGUAUUGCCACAAAUUCCAGCAAAAACAACUUUCGUCAUUACUAUGGUCUUUCAAAUUGCGUCACUCGCCAAAUUAUGGCGAUAUCCGAAUUUCAAAAAUUUUAUUGGAUCCACGAUUUUAUGUGGUUAUUCUUCCUUUCUUUUCGGAUGGCAUGUUCACGAAAAAGCUGUAUUACUGAUAAUGAUUCCCUUCGGGUAUCAAUUCUAG